GUUAUGCUAAUCAGCAAGCCGGUUGUCUGCUGAGGAAGUGUGUGCCGGGCAUCGUGUGUGUAUCUCCGUACAGUCCUGUCCUCGUGCGCAGUCUUCGCGUGUCUCCGUCCCGUCUUCGCGCCGUCUUGACCAUGGCUUUCGAGACGCUGCAUGUCGUCGCCACGCUGGGCUCCAUCGUCACAUGGAUCGUCGUCUUCAAGAAGGUCUCGCCGGCCUUCUUCGGCGGUUUCUUCAAGACCUACGGCGAGCUGUCUACGGAGAGGAGGAUCCUUGUAGAUGACUACUUCAUGGCAGGCAUCCAUGCGACUGUCACAGCCAUCCUGUCCUGGUACGCCUACACCUGUACGGACCUUCCGGCCGAUGGGGUCUGGUUCAACUCCCCAGUGGUGAGGUUCACUUCAGCCCUGUACCUGGGUUAUAUCAUGGCAGAUGUGGUGAUUUUAGUGCGGAACCCACAGCUAGCGACUAAGGCCUUCAUCGCCCAUCACGUCACUUCACUCUUCACUGCCUACAUAGGAGCGAGCUAUCCUGCUAUGCCGUACUACGCCAAUAUCUCCUACAUGAUGGAAGUCUCAAAUCCAUCAGUCAACUUACGGACGAUUUUGAAAGAGCUAGGCUACGGUACGUCUGACUACUACGUCUGGAACGGUGCCGCCAUGCUCGUGACCUUCUUCUUUUCCCGCGUCCUCCUGACCGCCAUCGCGACCUUCAACCUCGUCAAGGUCAUGUGGACCACCAAUGCCUUUCAGCAACUACCGUUCCAGGUCUCCCUGUGCUACAUCUUUGGCUGUGGGCUCUUUAACGUGCUGAACUAUUACUGGUUCAGUAAGAUUUGUAAAGGGUUUGUCAAACAUGUUUGGGGCAAGAAGCCUCAAUGAUGUAUACACAUGUUAACAAGAAGCCAGCUCACGGUUUGAAUUGUACAUGCAGUAAGGUGAAGACCCUAAACUUCUAGUUCUUGUCUAGACCAUGCUUGAUACAUGUCCAGACAUGUUUUGUUCAUGUCUCAGGGGCUUUUAACUUUGACUUAUUACCCACAGUGCUUCAGACUGCGCAUGUACAGUUCACACUGUGAACCAGCUUGUAACAUUAUACAGUAACAGUAUUGUUAAGUGCAAAAUGUAAUGUCAUUGUGCCUACAGCUUAAAACUGACAAUGCUAAUUUAUCAUUUCAAUCUGCUUCAAAUGAAGCUCCUUGCUUUGUACUUGCAAAGGUAUUGCUAUAUUAAAGCAUGGUGGAUUGCUAUGAGAAUUGCCAGUUUGAUGUGAAAACACCAAAACACUGGACAUCUUUUUUUAAACUUGAUAAAGCAAUUUUGUACACACUGUCAAUCUUAACAAAUGAGAAUUAUUUGAUACCUAAGUUAUGUACAUGUUAGACCUUUAACCAAGAAUGGACACUGGACUUCUCAGUUCACAUGAUUCCCUUGAGACAAGAAAUGUUAAUAGGACGAAAAUUCUACCUGAAGACCCUGUCACACAUAGCUAUGGUUAGGAGUAGGUUGGCUCGAUUGACUGUUGUUUCAAACAUUUGGGUGUGAACAGGAGGUUCAGCCAUGGUUGGCAGUACACCUUGGCUGGCUGUGGUUCAUGGGAAGGUUCUGAAUGUGUUACAGGGGCUUAAUGUAUCAUAAUUCUGCCUAAGAGCACACUGUAUACAGUUGUGACAAUGAUUGGUUCUGUAACUGUGCCUGUAUGUAUAUUUUGUACCAGUGUUGACAAACGCUUGUUGUUUUCUCAUCAUUCCUAUAGUGAGACAAAAUACAAUGUAUUAUCUUGUAUUAACAGCAGUGUUAACUUGAAGUGUCUAGCCACACCUAAAAUAAGCUGUUUCACAGUUCUGAGGGUGCACAUGCAGCUGUUAUGCAUUGUGGUCAGAGGGCAAAGCUUAAGGCCCCUGGUUUGAAAACAAGGAAGGGUUAGCACAUUUUGAUGACCACAUCAUGUAUCACAACUGUGCAUGUGCAACGUGAAACAUCCGGUAAAAAAGAUCCCUUGAAGAGGUGGGGGCGAAAUGGAGAAAAAAUGCACAAAAUAAGUUAAGUGUGGCUGAGAAAAGAAUCAGAGUGCAUUGCAGAAGUGUUGCAUAGAUAUUUUGCAAAGGGCGCAUAAGUAUACGAACGCUCGCACAUUGAUCCAUGCAGUCCGUCCUUUUAUUACAGCCGUCAUGUUUUGUAAUAAGUUGCAUAUUGUUUUAAUGUUAUAAUCAUGUGGCUGUAGUUCCAUACAGAAAUUCUUGAUUUUUUUUCACAGUACUACUUUUUCACACAGUGACUUCUGUACAGUGAACUUAUCAUUAAUCAAAUCAGGUCUUUUGCCCCCCCUGCAUUUGCUAGCACCAUGAAGAUUAAUUUUUGUAAAAAUGUCCAUGAAAUUUUGCUAGUGAAUUACAGUAUAAAAAAAAAUCUACCUGCAAACUACCAGGUUUAACCUUCCAACAUCCGAUAUGUCGAGUCAUGUGAGCGCUAACUAUGAUAGACUAGUUCUGCUAAUCAGGGAGGGCGUCAUUAAUGGGAUCAGUGGUUAAUAAGAAAGUUUGAUAGCUAGCCUUGUGCCUGUUUUAGUAUGUCUUAUGGACUCACCUACUAUGCAAAAAGGAAUAAAAAGUUUUAACAACA